AUGUUCGUCCACAGCGUCUUUUCAAUCGCAGCGCUAUGUGCACUUGUGUCUUCGGUAGUGGCCACCUCACACGGACUACCUAAGCGACCUCACAUUGAAGCAGCACCAUAUGGCACCGGCAAGGCCUUUCCCAAAUCAUCUCCACGAUCGCGAAAGGACAUUUGCUACGUUAAGCCUGGCAAGGGAAAGAACAGCGAUGAUGCUCCCGCCAUUCUCAAAGCCUUCAAGAAAUGCAACAAAGGAGGAACCAUUGUGCUCGACCAGAAGUACACAAUCGGUUCCCCACUGGAUUUGACAUGGCUCGCUCACGUUGAUGUGGUCAUCACUGGCGAGGUGGACUUCAAGUCUGACCCGUACUACUGGGCUGAAAACAGCUUCAAGUUUGGAUAUCAGAAUAUGUCCUCCUUUUGGAAAUGGGGAGGCAAGGAUAUCCAUAUUUAUGGCGACUUGAACAAGCAAUCAGUGCUCGAUGGCAAGGGUCAAGCCUAUUGGGAGGAGAUGGCAAUGAACAGUACUCUGUUGCGACCAAUCUUGUUCUCGAUUGAGGGUGCUCACGGUCUGACAAUGUCAAACUUGCACAUGCGAAACUCCCCCAACUGGUUCAAUAUCAUCAUCAACAGCACCGAUGUCUUGAUCAGCGAUCUUGAUCUUCAAGCCAAGAGUUCGAACGGCGUCAAGAUUGCCAACUCGGAUGGCUGGGACACAUAUCGCUCUGACAGAGUAGUCAUUCAGAACUCCGUCAUUGACAAUACUGACGACUGUGUUUCUUUCAAGCCAAAUAGUACAAACGUUGUUGUCCAGAACCUUAUCUGCAAUGGCUCUCACGGCAUCAGCGUUGGUUCUCUAGGCCAAUACAAGGGUGAGACUGAUAUUGUGGAGAACCUUUACAUCUACAACAUCUCCAUGUCAAAUGCCAGCGACGGCGCUCGAAUCAAGGUGUGGCCUGGUGUCGAGACUGCCUUCCAAAGUCUGCUGAACGGAGGUGGUGGUCUAGGCCGCGUGAGAAAUGUGACAUACGACCGCUUCUACCACGAGAACAACGACAAUGCUAUUACUAUUACUCAGUGUUAUGGCCAGAAGAAUCAGACUCUCUGCAAUGAGUUUCCUGCCAACUUGACUAUUGAAGACAUCACGAUGAAGAACUUCUGGGGAACUGUCUCAAAAAAGUUUGAUCCCCGCGCUGGAAGUUUGGUCUGCAGCGCACCUGAUCGUUGCAGUAACAUUGCUGCUCAGAACAUCACAGUUGGUGUGCCAAGUAGAAAGGCGCCCAUUUAUGACUGUCAGAAUUUGGACACAAAGACUUUGGAUUUUACAUGCCGAGACCCGACCAGCAACAGGGAUACGACCAAUGGUUAG